AUGCAUGGGGUUAUUAACAAAAACGUCAGGUCUGCGGCGGACGAGGAUGGCGCCGAUCACAUUGGUCUCGAAACUCCUCGAUCCGGUGUAGCUACACCUCAACCCGAUCUACAGGACAAACGCUUACCAGGAAUCAUGAGCUACUUCGGCCAGGUUCGUAAAUACCCUUCUACGCCUUUGUCAGAUCCCAAUUCGUCACAGAGUGAUACCACUCUAGACCGAAUUCCAGUUGUGCCCACUCCACCAGCCGGCCUGCAGUUGCAGGCACACACCGAAGGCUCUCCUCGCCGCUGUGAGUACUCGGCUUUGGAUCGUUCGCUUCUUCAACAUGAGCGUCCUGGUUCUAUGCCAAGUACCACUCAGCGGGAUGAGCAUAACCUUUCGGACCCCUACCCAACCCCACCCACUUCUCAGCCCUCGUCUUCGGGGGGUUCUAUCUCCCAGGACAUGAUUUCUGUAGACUCAGGGGUGCAUGGCAGGGCUGCCGUCGAGCAAAAGUCUCUUACACAGCAGUCACAAUUCAAGAAACCCACAGCCUCACCAUUCACCACCACCCACUUUCAAACUUCCAAUGACCCAUCACUACCUGAACUUGACUCCUCCAAAAACGCAGCACCUGCCAAAGACUCCAUUAUUCCUUCGCAUCCUGAGCCCAGUACAAGUUCAGGCGCCUGUUCAGCUGCUGCCCCCGGCAAGUGGCAUUUUCUUAAUGGACUCAAGGAGCUAACUCGUAUGACGUUCAAGAGCGGCAACUCGACUCCUACUCGAGCAAUGUCGGCUGCUCGACCAUCUGGCUCCGAUAGAGCCCCAUCCUCCGGGAGGACCAGUCAUGACGGUGCUGAAGUCAGCGGUACUCAGACUCCAAGGAGUUCUGCCGGUGCCCAGGCGCCUGCCGCCAAGGGAAAGCUAACAAUCAAGAUCAAUGAAGCUCGUGGGCUUAGGAAGAGUCGGGACCCUUAUGUUGUUGUGGUGUUCCAGCGUAGUGAGCUCAUUUCUGGGGGUCCCCACCACAUCGAUGAGGACGAUAACCUUAGUGUUGAGCCACCUCCGGCAGCUGGUGGUAUCCCUAUCCAGCGAUCAGGCAGUGACUCUGGGCGUCCCUUGGCUAUUCCCAUGAGGAGCAGGCAAAGUAGCAACACCAGCAUUAAUGACUACGGCUCGUUCCGUAACCGAUCCGGAGGUCAGCUUACAUUCACCAACCCAAAAUGGGAUGCCGAAGCCGAGUUCGAUGUUGUGGACUAUGAUAUGCUGGUUGACGUCUCGGUUUAUGAUCAUGGGGCAACGGGCGAUGAAUUUCUCGGCCAUGUUGAUUUUCAGGCCAGCAAGGAUCCCGGUGCCACUGUCCAGGGCUGGUUCCAGCUGCAGGGCCAUGCUGAUACCAUGGCAGAAAAUGCGCCAACCGGUGAGAUCUUCCUCGAGGCCAUCUAUCACAGAGCAGAGAGGAAGCAAUUUGGCCCCACUGAUUUCGAGAUUCUGAAACUCAUCGGCAAGGGCACUUUCGGUCAGGUGUAUCAAGUGCGAAAAAAGGAUACUCAGCGCAUUUACGCCAUGAAGGUUCUGCAGAAGAAGGUUAUUGUGCAAAAGAAGGAAGUUGCCCAUACCGUGGGAGAACGAAAUAUCCUGGUUCGGACCGCCAUGUCCGACUCCCCUUUCAUCGUUGGUCUCAAGUUCUCUUUCCAGACACCAUCAGAACUUUAUCUCGUUACUGAUUAUAUGUCUGGAGGUGAGCUGUUUUGGCAUCUACAGAAAGAGGGUCGGUUUGACGAGAAGCGAGCCAAGUUCUACAUCGCCGAACUGAUCUUGGCCAUUCAGCACCUUCAUCAUAAUGACAUUGUAUACCGGGAUCUGAAGCCAGAGAAUAUCCUCUUGGAUGCUAACGGACAUAUCGCCCUUUGUGACUUUGGUCUUUCCAAGGCCAAUCUCACAAAGAAUGACACUACCAACACUUUCUGUGGAACAACCGAAUACCUUGCGCCCGAGGUUUUGCUCGACGAAUCUGGCUACACCAAGAUGGUGGACUUCUGGUCGCUUGGAGUUUUGGUCUUUGAGAUGUGCUGCGGCUGGAGCCCAUUCUAUGCCGAAGAUACGCAGCAAAUGUAUAAGAAUAUUGCUUUCGGUAAGGUGAGGUUUCCUCGAGAUACCCUUUCUCAGGAAGGAAGGAAUUUCGUCAAGGGACUCCUCAAUAGAAACCCCAAGCACAGACUAGGUGCGACCGACGACGCCGAGGAGCUGAAGAGACACCCCUUCUUUGCCGAUGUCGAUUGGACUCUUCUCUCCAAGAAGCUUAUCACUCCACCUUUCAAACCCAAAUUGAAGUCUGAGACAGACGUCUCAUACUUCGAUCCCGAAUUCACGACCGCGCUGGAUCAGAAUGGCUCUCUGAACGAACGUGCGGCUGCGUUGGCCCGAGGCUAUGCCGCUUCAACUCCUCUUUCUCCUUCCGUUCAGGCCAACUUCCAAGGCUUCACGUUUGUUGACGAAAGCGCAUUAGAUGAUCAUAUGCGAGACAGAGCAGGACUCGUUGAUGAAGAUAUGGAUGAUGGACAACAUCACAGGAACCGCGAUAACGACGAUUGGGACAAUCUCGACGACAUUGACCUCAGGAAGGCAAACCGGAUGAGCGGGAUCAUGAAGACUGGACAUGAUGAGCACAUGGUGGGUGGUUCUCACUUUGACGUAUAA